CUAAAUAGUACUGAAUAUUACUAAUGUCACAUAUUAUUUAGGAUACACAUUGAGACGCAAGCCAGGACUUUUAUUUUGUCUUCCAAUAUGACGUCAUAAGGCUGCGCCGCGAUCCUGCAUAUGUUAUGAUUUCGGCUGAAGAAAGGACAAACACAGAGAAAAUCCUGGUGAAGCGACUGAGAUCCACGUGACACACUAUUAUAAAGAUGGCGUUUAUUAAACAGGAGAGUGAAGACAUCAAGAUUGAAGAAGUAUUCAGUUUGAAACAAGAAGAUACUGAGGAACAAAUAGACCUGAUGGCACUGAAAGAGGAGACUGAAGAAAAAUCUUUCAGUUGCUCACAGACUGAAAAGACUUCCUCACAAAAAAGAGCUCAAAAGACUGGGUCUAGGAGUCACUUCAUCUGCCAACAGUGUGGAAAGAGUUUCAAUAAAAAAGGAAACCUUAACGUCCACAUAAGAGUUCACACUGGAGAGAGGCCUUACAUCUGCCAACAGUGUGGAAAGAGUUUCAAUAGGAAAGGAAGCUUUAACAGGCACAUGAGAAUUCACACUGGACAGAAGCCUUACACAUGCCCUCAGUGUGGAAAGAGUUUCAGUCAAAAAGGACACUUUAAUCUCCACUUGAAAAUUCACUCUGGAAAAAAAUCUUUCAGGUGCGCACAGACUGAAAAUACUUCCUCACAAAAAGGAGCUCAAAAGACUGGGUCUAGGAGUCACUUUACCUGCCAACAGUGUGGAAAGAGUUUCAGUAAAAAAGGAAACCUUAACAUCCACAUGAGAGUUCACACUGGAGAGAAGCCUUACACCUGCCAACAGUGUGGAAAGAGUUUCAGUAGGAGAGGAAACUUUAACAUGCACUUAAAAAUUCACGCCAAACAGAAGCCUUACACUUGCCAACAGUGUGGAAAGAGUUUCAGUCAAAAAGGACACCUUAAACUCCACUUGAGAAUUCACUCUGGAGAGAAACCCUUCACCUGCAAACAAUGUGGAAAAAGAUUCAACCAAAGAGUACUCCUGCAAAGGCAUAUGAGAACUCAUACUGGAGAGAAGCCUUCUACACACCCUCAGCGUGGAAAGGCUAUCGUUCAAGACAGGAACUUAAAAGUCCACAAGAGAGUUCACACUGGAGAGAGCCCUUUCAUCUGCCAGCAGUGUGGAAACAGAUUUGCUCAAAAAACAAGCCUUAACAGGCACAUGAGAAUUCACACUGGAGAGAAGCCUUACAGCUGCCCUCAGUGUGAAAAGAGUUUCAGUCAGAAAGGACACCUUAUACUCCACUUGAGAAUUCACACCGGAGAGAAACCCUACAAGUGCGUUCAAUGUGGAAAAAGUUUCAAACAAAAAGGAGUCCUUAAUUACCACAUGAGAAUUCACACUGGAGAGAAGCCCUUCAGCUGCAAACAAUGUGGAAAAAGUUUCAGCCACAAAGGAACCCUUAACAGGCACAUGAGAGUUCACAAUGGAGAGAAGCCAUUUAAAUGUUGUCACUGUGAAAAGACUUUCAGACAUAAAGUAACCCUCAAAUACCACAUGAAGAUUCAUGUAUGAAAGAGCUCUUAUGUCAUCAAUGUGGAAUGAGUUUCACUGACAGAAUUCACCUUAUGAAUAAUGUAAUAAGAAAAGAAGGCUUUCAUGUGCCAUUAUUGUGGAAAGACUUGCAGAAAUAAAGGAGCCUUGAGGUUCACAUAAGCAUCCUGAUAAACUCA